UAGCUGUGGUCAAAACGUUAAAAAGAACUUCUUUCACUUUUGUUGAAGUGUGGAGUGUGUCGUUGGCAAACUGGAUUUUAUCCAGUUUAACAGAAUUUAUACCUGGUUUUCAUGAGUUUCAGUGAUAUAAACGUUUUAUCAAGAAUCCUUACAAGUGUUAUUUUUAACUGGAGGUAAAGAAGGAUUUGGAAGCAACCAUGAGUCGUUUUUUCGCCACCGGCACGGACUCCGAGUCCGAGAGUGUCACCGAUGAGGAGCCAGUAGUCCGCGCACCAGCGCCUGUGUACACGUUCAGUGAUGAUGAGGAAGAAACUAAGCGUGUGGUGCGCUCCAUGAAAGAGAAGAGGUAUGAAGAGUUGGAAGGAAUCAUCCACUCGUUACGUAACCACAAAAAGAUCAAGGACUUCUCGUCGGCGCUGGCCUCAUUUGAAGAACUCCAGAGAGCUUACACCCGAGCAGCUCCUGUGGUACAAAAGGAAGAAAAUGGAAUCGCUCCACGAUUCUUUAUUAGAGCUUUAGUCGAACUCGAUGACUGGGUCGCUGGGGCCUGGGCUGACCGUGACGCCAGGAAGGCCCUGUCUAAAGGGAACAGCAAAGCUCUGACAUCAUUGAGACAGAAAUUGAGGAAGUACACUAAAGACUUUGAGGCUGAAAUAUCUAAGUUCAGGGAAGACCCUGACUUGCCUGAUGAUGAUGAUGAGAGGAAAGAUACGUCAUCAUCUGAUGAUUCGGAUGAUGAUGAGAAGCCGAAAGAGAAACCACGAGCCCGCCGGUCACCCGAGCCUCCUCGGCGCGCGCCUCCCGAAGACGACGACUCCUCAGACACCAUGGAUUGGGGCUCCAGCUCCUCCGAGUCCAGCUCCGAGUCCGACUUCGAGGACGGUGGCGCCGCCGCCAUCCGCAAUCGGUUCCUCAAGAAGAACACCGAGAAAGAGGAAGAUGAGGAGAGAGACAAACGGAGGAUUAAGCGGCGCGAGGAGAGAGUCCGAACCGGCAAAGUCAGCAAGAAGGAUCAAGCUGACGAUGGAGGUGAAUGGGAGACUGUCAGAACUAAAGGUGCAGCUGCCUCUGACAAGCCUAAGAUGUUUGCUAAGGAUAGCGACAUCGACGCAGCUCUCGUGGUAAAGAAGUUGGGCGAGAUCAGCGCGGCCCGCGGGCGCAAGCGCACCGACCGGCGCGCGCAGCUCGAGCUGCUGCACGAGCUGCGCACAGUGGCCGCGGCGCACAACCUGGGCGACGCGCUCCAGCUCAAGCUGCGCGCCGCCACCGUCGCCGCCCUCUUCGACUACAACCCCAAGGUCUCCGACGCCAUGAAGCCCGAGUACUGGUCCCGGCUCGUCGAGAACGUCGACCACAUGGUCACCCUCCUGCUCGCCCACGAGGACAUGCUCCUCAGCGAGACCAUCACCGAGGAGAGCGAGCAGCUCGUCGCGCCGCCCUUCAAGGUCCGCGGCUGCCUGCUCACCGCGCUCGAGCGCCUCGACGACGAGUUCACCAAGCUGCUCAAGGAGUGCGACCCGCACUCCAACGAGUACGUCGAGCGCCUCAAGGACGAGGUCCGCGUGUCGGCGCUCAUCGACCGCGUGUGCCAGGUCGUCGAGCGCGACGGCACCCCGCAGGAGAUCUGCCGCGCCUACCUGCGCAAGAUCGACCACCUGUACUACAAGUUCGACCCGCGCGCGGUCAAGAAGGACCUGCCGCCGGGCGAGGAGACCACCAUCAAGAAGAUGGAGCGCCUCUGCAAGUACAUCUACGCCAACGACGACACCGACCGCCUGCGCACGCGCGCCAUCCUCUCGCACAUCUACCACCACGCGCUGCACGACAACUGGUUCCAGGCGCGCGACCUGCUGCUCAUGUCGCACCUGCAGGAGAACGUCCAGCACUCGGACCCGAGCACUCAGAUCCUGUACAACCGCACGAUGGCCAACCUGGGCCUGUGCGCGUUCCGGCGGGGCAACGUGAAGGAGGCGCACGGCUGCCUGGCCGAGCUGAUGAUGACGGGCAAGCCGAAGGAGCUGCUCGCGCAGGGCCUGCUGCCGCAGCGGCAGCACGAGCGGUCGAAGGAGCAGGAGAAGAUCGAGAAGCAGCGGCAGAUGCCGUUCCACAUGCACAUCAACCUGGAGCUGCUGGAGUGCGUGUACCUGGUGUCGGCGAUGCUGAUCGAGAUCCCGUACAUGGCGGCGCACGAGUUCGACGCGCGGCGGCGCAUGAUCAGCAAGACGUUCUACCAGAACCUGCGCGCCAGCGAGCGGCAGGCGCUGGUGGGCCCGCCCGAGUCCAUGCGCGAGCACGCGGUGGCGGCGGCGCGCGCCAUGCGCCGCGGCGACUGGCGCGCCUGCCUCAACUUCGUCGUCAACGAGAAGAUGAACGCCAAGGUCUGGGACCUUAUGGUGGGGGCAGACAACGUGCGCGCGAUGCUAGGCCGCCUGAUCCGCGAGGAGUCGCUGCGCACGUAUCUCUUCACGUAUGCGCACGUGUAUGCCUCACUGUCGCUCAAGUCGCUCGCCGACAUGUUCGAGAUGCCGCGACAGAGAGUCCACUCGCUGGUCUCCAAGAUGAUCAUAAAUGAGGAGCUGCUGGCGUCACUGGAUGAUCCCAGCGAGUGCGCCAUCUUGCACAGAUCGGAGCCCACUCGCAUGCAAGCGCUGGCGCUGCAGUUGGCCGAUAAGGUCGGCAACCUAGUGGACUCCAACGAGCGGAUAUUCGAGAAGCAAGGCUCGUUCUUCCAGCGCGGCGGCGCCGGGCGCGGCGAGGGCCGCCAGCGAGAACCUCGGCGCGAGGGUGGCGGAUGGAACCGGCGCACGCGCAACCGCCGCCGGGACGACGAGCGUGGACACGACGACUAAACGUACAGUCAGGCCCAGAACAGACGGUGAAACGCAACUGCAACGAAACUGCAACUUUCUGAUGAAUGAAACUGAAAGUUUCAAACUGGUCGCGUCAUGUGUGGUCUCUCAACUUAGAUGCAACUCAAAAGUAACUAGCAAUUUCAGUUUCGUUGCAGUUGCGUUUCACCGUCUGUUCUGGGCAUCAAUCUAGCUGACUGCCCAUCAGUGUAACGUUGCCUCAAAAUAUAAUUGCGACUUUAGUACUUUCUCGCUUUGAUUUUUUAUGUCAAAAAAGUUUUGUGGACAAGUCAAACGCCCGUAUUCACAAACAUUACUAUGGGUUCUCACAGUGCCCAUGAACGCACAGGGUGAACCAAUCACAGAGCUCUAUUCAAUGCUGUGCGUUCGAUUUGCUGCUUCACUUAUGCAAGCAUCGUUUGUGAAUACGGGCGAUAGAUACAAUGCUUAUUUGAAAUAAAUAAAAUCAAAGAGAAAAAAAUUAACCUAAAUUCGCAACUAUAUUUUGAGCUAAUGUUGUAGUGAUGGCCAAAGUUGCCCAGAUUGACUGUACCGUUGAGAUGCGUACAACUUAUGCUGUAUGGAAAUAAAGAAAACAGUCUCAUAGAUUUACUUUUUGUAGUUUAUGGGAAUCAAUAAACGCUCAGAUAUGUAAUAACUACUGGGCAGCUCUUAUUUCAAUCCAGCUCGUAUUACUGUCUAAAAUUAGAAGGUUUACAAUCUUUUAAUUUUAUACGUACGCCUCUUAAUUGUAUACAUAGAAAAUUAGGUUUUAUUGUAUUCGACUUUAUACCACAAAAUGUAACAUCAGUUUAUCUAUCUUGCAGAAAACUAUAUCUAUCAAUAUACUACAUUCUACCCAAUGUACUGCAUCUAUAAUAUUUAGUCUUGUCCACAAUAGCCCACAUCCAACUAAACCUGCAGUAAAAAUUUAAAAUUGGUCACAA